GGUUUCCUCUGAGGCCCUAUAUAGAGGCCCUGGGCCCAAGCUGAGGAGAGCUGCACGCCCGCUCCGGCCUCCCGGACAAGUCUAGGCUCGGAGCGCGUCUCGCCCCAGGUCUCCGCAGCCCGAGGCGUCAGGGGAGGAGGGAGGCGCCCCCGAGUCUCCCCUCCCGCGAGAGGGGCCGCGCAGGCCGGGCCGGGCGGAGCAGCGGCGGCGGCGGCCGCGGGAGCCGAGCCUGCAACGAGGGACCGGCUGAAGCGCGCGGGAGGGAAGGAGGCGAGGGCUCCGCGGCGCUGGCGCCGCCGCCGCUGCCGCCGCUCGCGGGGCAGAGAUGGCGGCGGAGCGGGGAGCCCGGCUACUCCUCGGCACCUCCUCCUUCUGGCUCUGCUGCCUGCUGCUGCUCGGGCGCCCGGCGCCCGCCGCGGCCGCCAGGAGCGGCUCCCCGCCGCAGUCACCAGGAUCCAGCGUUCGAACAUUCACUCCAUUUUACUUUCUGGUAGAACCAGUGGAUACACUCUCAGUUAGAGGCUCUUCUGUUAUAUUGAACUGUUCAGCAUAUUCUGAGCCUUCUCCAAAAAUUGAAUGGAAAAAAGAUGGGACUUUUUUAAACUUAGUAUCUGAUGACCGACGCCAGCUUCUCCCAGAUGGGUCUUUAUUUAUCAGCAAUGUGGUGCAUUCCAAACACAAUAAACCUGAUGAAGGUUAUUAUCAGUGUGUGGCCACUGUUGAGAGCCUUGGAACGAUUGUCAGCAGAACAGCUAAGCUCACAGUAGCAGGUCUUCCAAGAUUUGCUAGCCAACCAGAACCUUCUUCAGUUUAUGCUGGGAACAGUGCAGUUCUGAAUUGCGAAGUCAGUGUGGAUCUGGUCCCAUUUGUGAGGUGGGAACAGAACAGACAGCCUCUUCCUCUGGAUGAUAGAGUCAUCAAACUUCCAAGUGGGACACUGGUUGUGAGCAAUGCCACUGAAGGAGACGGAGGGCUCUACCGCUGCACAGUUGAGAGCGGCGGGCCGCCAAAGUAUAGCGAUGAAGCGGAGUUAAAAGUUCUUCCAGAUCCUGAGUUCACAUCAAACUUGGUAUUUCUGAAACAACCUUCUUCCUUAGUCAGAGUCCUUGGUCAGAAUGCAGUGUUGCCGUGUGUCGCUUCAGGACUUCCUCCUCCAGCCAUUAGAUGGAUGAAAAAUGAGAAGGCACUUGACCCAGAAAGCUCUGAAAAAUUGGCGUUGCUGGCAGGUGGUAGUCUGGAGAUAAGUGAUGUCACUGAGGAUGAUGCGGGGAUUUACUUUUGUAUAGCUGAUAAUGGGAAUGAGACCGUUGAAGCUCAAGCAGAGCUUACAGUACAAGUCCAACCAGAAUUCUUGAAACAGCCGACGAAUAUAUAUGCUCAUGAGUCCAUGGAUAUCGUAUUCGAAUGUGAAGUGACUGGGAAACCGACUCCAACCGUGAAGUGGGUCAAGAAUGGAGAUGUGGUUAUCCCAAGUGAUUACUUUAAGAUUGUAAAGGAACAUAAUCUUCAAGUUUUGGGUCUGGUGAAAUCAGAUGAAGGGUUCUACCAAUGCAUUGCUGAGAAUGAUGUUGGAAAUGUACAAGCUGGAGCCCAAUUGAUAAUCCUUGAACAUGCACCAGCCACAACGGGACCACUGCCUUCAGCUCCUCGGGAUGUCGUGGCCUCGCUGGUCUCUACCCGCUUCAUCAAAUUGACAUGGCGGACACCUGCAUCAGAUCCUCAUGGGGACAACCUUACCUAUUCUGUCUUCUACACCAAGGAAGGGAUUGUUAGGGAACGUGUUGAGAAUACCAGUCGCCCAGGAGAAAUGCAGGUGACCAUUCAAAACCUAAUGCCAGCCACUGUGUACAUCUUUAGAGUUAUGGCUCAAAAUAAACAUGGCUCCGGAGAAAGUUCAGCUCCACUCCGAGUAGAAACACAGCCUGAGGUUCAGCUUCCUGGCCCAGCACCUAACAUCCGAGCACAUGCAGCUUCACCUACGUCCAUCACUGUCACCUGGGAAACACCUCUGUCUGGCAAUGGGGAAAUUCAGAAUUACAAAUUGUACUACAUGGAAAAAGGGACUGAUAAAGAACAGGAUGUUGACGUUUCAAGUCACUCCCAUACUGUUAAUGGGUUGAAAAAAUACACAGAGUAUAGUUUCCGAGUGGUGGCUUACAACAAACAUGGUCCUGGAGUCUCCACACAAGAUGUUGCUGUUCAAACGUUGUCAGAUGUUCCCAGUGCUGCUCCUCAGAAUCUGUCCUUAGAAGUAAGAAAUUCAAAGAGUAUUGUGAUUCACUGGCAGCCACCUCCUCCAGCCACACAGAAUGGUCAGAUUACUGGCUACAAGAUUCGCUACCGAAAGGCCUCCCGAAAGAGUGACGUCACUGAGACCUUGGUACCUGGGACACAGCUCUCUCAGCUGAUUGAAGGUCUUGAUCGGGGAACUGAAUAUAAUUUCAGAGUGGCUGCUCUAACCAUCAAUGGCACAGGCCCGGCUACUGACUGGCUGUCUGCUGAAACUUUUGAAAGUGAUUUAGAUGAAACUCGUGUUCCUGAAGUGCCUAGUUCUCUUCACGUCCGACCACUUGUCACUAGCAUUGUAGUAAGCUGGACUCCUCCAGAGAAUCAGAACAUUGUGGUCAGAGGUUAUGCCAUUGGUUAUGGUAUUGGCAGCCCUCAUGCCCAGACCAUCAAAGUGGACUAUAAACAACGAUAUUACACCAUCGAAAAUCUGGAUCCCAGCUCUCACUACGUGAUAACCCUGAAAGCCUUUAACAACGUGGGUGAAGGCAUCCCCCUGUACGAGAGCGCCGUGACCAGACCUCACACAGACACUUCUGAAGUUGAUUUAUUUGUUAUUAAUGCUCCAUACACUCCAGUGCCAGAUCCCACUCCCAUGAUGCCACCUGUGGGAGUUCAGGCUUCCAUUCUGAGUCAUGACACCAUAAGGAUCACAUGGGCGGACAACUCACUGCCCAAACACCAGAAGAUUACGGAUUCCCGGUACUACACAGUCCGAUGGAAAACCAACAUCCCAGCAAACACCAAGUACAAGAAUGCAAAUGCAACGACUUUAAGUUAUUUGGUGACUGGUUUAAAAGCAAAUACACUGUAUGAAUUCUCUGUGAUGGUGACCAAAGGUCGAAGGUCAAGCACAUGGAGUAUGACAGCCCAUGGGACCACCUUUGAAUUCGUUCCUACUUCUCCACCCAAGGACGUGACAGUUGUGAGUAAAGAGGGAAAACCUAGGACCAUAAUUGUAAAUUGGCAGCCUCCCUCAGAAGCCAAUGGCAAAAUUACAGGUUACAUCAUAUAUUACAGUACGGAUGUGAACGCAGAGAUACACGACUGGGUUAUUGAGCCUGUUGUGGGAAACAGGCUGACUCACCAGAUACAAGAGUUAACACUUGACACACCAUACUACUUUAAAAUCCAAGCCCGAAACUCAAAGGGCAUGGGACCCAUGUCUGAAGCCGUCCAAUUCAGAACACCUAAAGCGGACUCCUCUGAUAAAAUGCCUAAUGAUCAAGCCUCAGGGUCUGCAGGAAAAGGAAGCCGGCUUCCAGACCUAGGAUCUGACUACAAACCUCCAAUGAGUGGCAGUAACAGCCCGCAUGGAAGCCCCACCUCUCCCCUGGACAGUAGCAUGCUGCUGGUCAUCAUUGUUUCUGUUGGCGUUGUCACCAUUGUGGUGGUUGUGGUCAUUGCUGUCUUUUGUACCAGGCGUACCACCUCUCACCAGAAAAAGAAACGAGCUGCUUGCAAAUCAGUGAAUGGUUCCCACAAGUACAAAGGGAACUCCAAAGAUGUCAAACCCCCAGACCUCUGGAUCCAUCAUGAGAGACUGGAGCUGAAACCCAUCGAUAAGUCUCCAGACCCAAAUCCCAUCAUGACUGAUACUCCAAUUCCUCGGAACUCUCAAGAUAUCACACCAGUUGACAAUUCCAUGGACAGCAACAUCCAUCAAAGGCGGAAUUCAUAUAGAGGGCAUGAGUCAGAGGACAGCAUGUCUACACUGGCUGGAAGGCGAGGAAUGAGACCAAAAAUGAUGAUGCCCUUUGACUCCCAGCCACCCCAACCUGUGAUUAGUGCCCAUCCCAUCCAUCCCCUCGAUAACCCUCACCAUCAUUUCCACUCCAGCAGCCUCGCUCCUCCAGCCCGCAGUCAUCUCUACCACCCGGGCAGCCCGUGGCCCGUUGGCACAUCCCUGUCCCUUUCAGACAGGGCCAAUUCCACAGAAUCCGUUCGAAAUACCCCCAGCACUGACACCAUGCCAGCCUCCUCGUCUCAAACAUGCUGUACUGAUCACCAGGAUCCUGAAGGUGCUACCAGUUCCUCUUACUUGGCCAGCUCCCAAGAGGAAGAUUCAGGCCAGAGUCUUCCUACAGCCCACGUUCGCCCUUCCCACCCAUUGAAGAGCUUUGCUGUGCCGGCAAUCCCCCCAGGUCCUCCCACCUAUGAUCCCGCGUUGCCAAGCACACCAUUACUAUCCCAGCAAGCUCUGAACCAUCACAUUCACUCGGUGAAGACAGCCUCCAUUGGGACUUUAGGAAGGAGCCGGCCUCCUAUGCCAGUGGUGGUUCCCAGUGCCCCUGAAGUGCAGGAGACCACGAGGAUGCUGGAAGACUCCGAGAGUAGCUAUGAACCAGAUGAGCUGACCAAAGAGAUGGCCCACCUGGAAGGACUAAUGAAGGACCUAAACGCCAUCACGACAGCAUGACGACCUUCCCCGGGACAUGACUGCAGACCUGGGUCUAGAAGUCUUGGGACGGAGCCUGGAAAGCAAGGAUUGUACAGAGCACGUGAGGACAGCACUUGAGAACACAGAGCGAGCAAGCAGACCGGUCAGCGCCCCUGUGUGGGGCUGGCUCCGGGCAUGGCCACCUGCCUUCUCCUGGUCAGCCUGGAAGAAGCCUGUGUCGAGGCGGCUUCCCUUUGCCUGCUGACACCCUGCAGGACUGGGCACCAUGGGCCAAAAUUUUGUGUCCAGGGAAGAGGCAAGAAGUGCGACGACCUACAUUUCACUUUGUGGUCAGGCUGUGUCUUCGUACUGCGACUGCAUCGCCUCUAUGGAGUGUAGACAUUGGCAUUUAUGUACAAUUUUAUUUGUGUCCUAUUUUAUUUUACCUUCAAAAGAAAAACACUAUCAAAAACCAAGGGAGUCCAUGGUGUUCUCCACAAGUGGUUGACGUUUGACUGCUUGUUUGAAUUAUGUAUGGAAAGUCAUUGACAGUGUGGGUUGUUCCAGGGGUUGGCUUGUUUUUUGUUUUUGUUUUUAUUUUUGAAUUCCAAGUCAUUGCAUCCUCUACCAGCUGUUAAUCCAUCACUUUGAGGGGGGAGGAAAUGUUGCAUUGCUGUUUGUAAGCUUUUUUAUUAUUUUUUUAUUAUAAUUAUUAAAGGCCUGACUUUCUCCUCUCAUCACUGUGAGAUUACAGAUCUAUUUGAAUGAAAUGUAACAUUGAAAAGACUUGUUUGUUGCUUUCUGUGCAGUUUCAAAGUAUUGGGGUGGGGGUGGGCUGGGGGGUUGGGAAUAGGAAAUGGCGGGGCUGCUGAGGUCUGUGAAUGUUUCAGUCGAUGUACUUUCUUCCAGAAGCCUGCAGAGAAUGGAAGCAUCUUCUUUAUUGUCCUUUCCUGGCAUGUCCAUCUCUAUUGUCACUAAGUUGCAACUGGAGUUUCGUUUGGAUCUAGUUAAAAAAAAAAAAAAAAUUCUUCUGUGCAAUAGGUGAGUUCGAGAACUUAGCUGCCCUGAUGUCUUGGUCAUAUCCUGAUAAGAUUGUCCAUGCUGAGGCGCCAGUGCCGUAUUUCCAGCUACAGGAGUGAUGCCGGAACAGGACAAGAGCCCAAGCCUGUUCCUGGGAAAUCGGGGGAAAAGAUGGAGUCCCUUUCCUGCUGUUAUCAUGUGUUCCCUGGGGGAGGCCAGAGGUGAAGGAAGGAACUUUGUCUCCUCACAGGACUCCUUGCUUCUCUCUAGCUCCUGUCCUCAGCCAGCCUGGCUCUCGCUGCCGUGUUUCAGAGCCGCUUAGGAAAAGCGUUCCCAGGAUGAGGCAGGCAGGGGCUGUAGCACCCCUGAAGCUCUCCUUUCUGAACAUUGUAGAUAACGGGACAGGGACAGCGGAAAGGGACAGAGGAGGCGGCUGCCCCCUCCUCCAUCCCAGCAGCUCAGUGAAGCCCCUAAUUAGAACAGGGUAGCAGGAGGUUGGUGAAGUAAUGCUGAGAGGCCCAGCCACAUACACAGAAGCCUUUGCCUUUGCCAACAGUUCUCAUGUUCUUUGUCUUAAAAAAGGUAAGGAGCUGAGGUGGGUUUUUUGGGUUUUUUUGUUUGUUUUUUCUUUUGUUUUGUUUUGUUUUUUACUAUUGAGAAUCUAUUCUGACAAAACACAGGACUGACCCUCAAGCAUCUUCCCCUACUCCCUACCACUCCCCGGAAGACAGUGUGGAAGGCAGUAUAGGAGCAUCAGGCUUUGGUUCUGUAGCCAAGAAGAGUUCAGCUCGCUGAGACCACCAGGGGGCGCCCAGCCUACCCGCCUUGGCCCUGCAGGCACCCCACUUGCCUUUGUACAUUGGUCACUUCUCCUUUUUUAGGUCUUAACACAUAUUUGCUUUUUUAGAAGAUGAACUCUUUGUAUUUAUUAUUUUGGGGGGCAAUGAAAAGUGCAAUGCCGGAACUCCCGCCACCGUGCCGGCCUGUCGUAGAGGGCAGUGCCAGGCGGGAUUCUGGAAAACCAGUGCACUUCAACUGAUCCUGAACAGAGCACUCAGAGCACUCUGGACACCAGGAGGGCUAGAUUCCCCAGAAACUGUCUUACCUUUUGCCCAAAGAAACGUGCUCGGUAUUCGGGGCAUUCCCUCCCGUGAACCCUGACACUCGUGUUACCUCAGGGCCUUGGAACCUGGAUACUGCCACAGAGCUGGGGCGGGGGGGGGGGGGGGGGGGGGGCGGGGCCUAUUUUUAAAUAAAAUAACUGUUCAAAGUCGGGGGAUUUUUUAAAAUUAAAAAGGAAAGCUAUUCUGUAUUGCACCUUUUCACAAUUUAAUACAUUUUCUUACAUUUUCCUGUGAUUUUUGCAAUUAAACCAUUGUGUGUCUUGUAAUGUCUAGUUGAGCUGCUGUUCAGCAGCUUCCUUCAGGAGGAUUUGGAACACAUGUGUCUGUUGCCUUGUCGCCUGCUGGAGGGGGGCCUGGAGGACUGCUGGGGACUAGUCUCUGUACACACUUGUUUGGCCUUUUCUGUAGUUGAUGCUGUAAACUCUAUGGCUUUUUAAAAAAACAAUUUCAUGUUUUUAUUUAGUAUUGGAAAUCCAAUACACUUUUUUAAUCCAAUCAAA